UUGAUAAGGUUACUGUUCCGACUUUUUGAAUGUCCUGCGGGUAGUGUUGCCUAUGAUGGGCUGGAUGUGAGGAGUUUAAAGUUACGUUCGUUGCGUCAACAAAUUGGAAUCGUUCCCCAAGAUACCGUACUUUUCAACGAUACAAUAAAACAGCAUUUCGCAGCCCCACGAGGUCUGAAGCUGUCAGGCGGUGAAAAACAGCGAGUUGCUAUUGCACGAACGAUAUUAAAGAAACCACAGUUCAUCUUUCUGGAUGAGGCUACUUCUGCUCUUGACACCAACACUGAGCGAGCAAUCCAAAGAUGUUUGGAGGAACUGUGUGCGACCCGAACUGGAGUUGUUGUGGCACAUCGAUUAAGCACAGUUGUUAAUGUUGACUGCAUCUUAGUGCUUGACAAGGGUCGGAUUAUAGAACGUGGACGACAUGCUGACCUAAUAGCCCAAAAAGGCGUUUAUUAUCAAAUGUGGGAGAGUCAAAAUGCAAAUCAAAAUGGAAAUGGAAAUGCUGCAUCAAUCUAACA